CUCCUCGCGACAUGAAGGUUGAUUCCGAGUUGAUGUUCGAGUGUUUGAUAUACAUCAACGCCUACUAUUACCCUGUGUUCGCAUCGUGCGAGUCUAUCAUGGCUCUGGCGAAGUACAUAAGUCCGCUGAGGGACACUCCGAAUAUAGGGCAAGACGCCGCCGUGUGCUUCACCAGGUUGUUCGUGGAGGUACUGAAGCUGGUGGUGUUCAAUAGGUACAAGGAUAAGAGUAAAAAGUUGGUAACGGCGUUUGCUGUUCUUAUGACAAGCGUAACGAUAGCUACGAUCUUCUACACGUUACUGAUACAAGAUCCUGCCAUCAAAUUGGAAAAAGUGUUGUCUUCCUUAACGAUAAUAUUGACUGUAUUUGAAGUUGCAUUUGGGACUCUAUUUUUAUUAUCGUGUUACAAAAGAGUGGAAUAUUAUUAAACCUAAUAAGAAGUUUUCUUAUAGACUUUAAGCAUCUGUACUAUGCUUAUAAUAUUUUAAGUUACUGUAACGGUUUGUAAAAUUAAGGAUUAAGGGAAAUAUAUUUCAUGAAAUUUAUGAUUAUUUUGUUACAAACAUUUGUAGU